UAACAGACAGUAACAGCCGGGAGUGCAACUGAGGCCUUUACCUCGGACCGGUGAUGUGUAGGUUUAGUCUUUAAAAAUAAACGCAUAGUUACAGAGGAGUAAUGUCUGACCAGUAACAGCUAUAAACAGAAAAACGGAACACAACUUAACUUUUAUUUGAGUUAAGGCUUUACUAAAAGAGGACACUAGCGUUAACUUUACUGUUUUUUUUUUAGCAAUUUUGAAAUCUAUUUUAAAGUUUGUUCCCCUUUUCCAUAAAAUCAAAGUGCAGACGUUCUCUAUUGAAGCUGUCCAAACUUGACUUACAGGUUAGGUGACCCAUACAUAAUCCUAAUAAUGUUCUGUGCUGUUGUUAAAUGAGUUCUAGAAUGCAUAGCUGCAAAGAUUCUUUUGACUACAGUGAAUGUCUUUGUUCCUGAAGAAAUCUCUGAGAGUUCACAGCCAUAUGACAAACUUCACAUGAUGUAGGUGCUGAGGGCUGCAGAAUCCCCCCCUCCCCCCAGACCUAGUGGUUUUCCAUCUCAUCAGGAGUCAUUGUGUACUUUUCCCAGCAGAACUUCUUGCUUUCUGUUUCUGCCCCAGCUGGGCUGCGUGUAUUGACUAAAAGUUUUGUCGUCACUGAGCACACUCCCUGGACGCUCCAUCUGCGCCCCCAGACCCCAAGCGGGGCUGACCUCGUAAAAGAGCUUUUGCUGCAGGAGGGAUCGGAUCUGUGGUGGUUUGCUGGUCAGACAGCUCAGAUGUCUGCUCCUGAGCCCUUGGGGUGUCAGGCAGACCGUCUUUAAAUAGAUAAGCACUGUAUGCUUGAGAGGGGCCGUGACCUGUGAGCAAGGUGGUUUUCUGAGACUAUAUGCAUCUCUGAGGCUGAUUUAGCAAAACACCGCUCCUCUGUAAUAGCUCUCCGGGUUACAGGAAGACAGAGCAGAGUGUUUGCCAUGUUUGCUGAUGCCCUGGAGACAGCUGGCCGAGUGGAGGGCCUGUCACUGUCCUCCCCGCAACCGCUGGAGGAGGAGGAGGAGGCUGACGCAGCGACAGAGAGGGGGCCGAAGAGACCGGGACGCUACCGUGAAAGCCUGCAGUUUUUAAAGCCCUUCAGGAUCACACACAAGCAUCAGCACCCAGUCGAUAAUGCUGGCCUCUUCUCAUUUAUGACUCUUCACUGGCUUUCCCCGCUGGCCCUGAAGGCCUACAAGCAAUCCAGCUUGUCAAUAGAUGAUGUGUGGGGACUGUCCUGCCACGAAGCCUCCACAGUCAACUGUCAAAGACUUGAAUCUUUGUGGCACGAUGAGCUGAAAAGGCGCGGGCGGGAAGGAGCUUCUCUGACAAGAGUCUUCUGGAGGUUCUGCCAAACUCGUAUGCUGGUGGCCAUCUUCUCCCUCCUCCUCACAAUGGUGGCAGGCUUCGUUGGGCCAGCCCUUCUGGUCCGAGCUCUCCUGGAGUAUUCCCAGAGCCCGCAGCAUUCUGUGCCGUACGGCCUGUCUCUGGUAGUUGGGAUCUUCCUCAUGGAGCUGAUGCGCUCUUGGUCCCUGGCGCUCAUGUGGGCCGUCAACUACCGCACUGCUGCACGCCUGCGCGGGGCAGCUCUCACGUUUGCAUUCCAGAAGAUCCUCCGCCUGCGCAGCACUAAAGACAUCAGUCCAGGCGAGCUGAUCAACAUGUGCUCCUGUGACGGACAGCGGCUGUAUGAAUCUGUGUCAGUGGGUUGCCUGCUGGUGGGGGGGCCCUUAGUGGGGAUACUUGGUCUUUUUUAUACGUCCUACUUCCUGGGCCCCACUGCUCUGCUGGGAUCUGCUGUUUUCAUCAUCUUCUACCCUAUCAUGAUGCUCGCAUCGAGGCUGACGGCGUACUUCCGCAAGAAGUGCGUGGCGGUCACUGAUCGGCGCGUGAGGCUCAUGAACGAGAUCUUGAGCUGCAUAAAGUUCAUCAAGAUGUAUUGCUGGGAGGACGCCUUUGCACAGAACAUUCACAAGGUACGAUCAGAGGAGAGGGGGAUCCUAGAGAGAGCAGGGCUCAUCCAGAGUCUCACAGUGGGCGUGGCUCCUAUUGUCGUGGUGAUAGCAAGCGUGUGCACCUUUACCCUACACAUGGCCUUGGGUUACGACCUUACUGCAGCUGAGGCUUUCACAGUGGUCGCUGUUUUCAACUCCAUGACCUUUGCCCUGAAAGUCACACCGCUGGCUGUGAGGGCGCUGUCUGAAGGUGCUGUUGCAGUCAAAAGAUUUCAGAGGCUUUUUAUGAUGGAAGAUCGAGAGGUGAUUUUAGUCAAAACAGAGGACCCUUACAACACGGUGGAGUUUCGGGACGCCACGCUGGCCUGGGAAAAGGCUCGUUCCCCGGCCACAAAGUCAAACCCGCCUCCUAAGAAGCAAGGAGGAAUAAAGCGUGUGCUGCGCAGAGAGAAGCUCAGCUUGUACAUUUCCUCUGAGAACGACAAGGAGAACAAAGAUGAACCCAAUGGACAAAGUCUCCUCACAAACAUGGAGCAGGAGAGUCCGCAAAGCACCAUCUCCUCAACUCAGAGCAUGCGGCCCCCGCUGCACAAGACCUUGCAUCGUAUUAACUUGCAAAUCAAGCAGGGUUCUUUGGUUGGAGUCUGUGGAGGCGUCGGGAGUGGAAAGAGCUCUCUUCUGUCAGCUUUGCUUGGGCAGAUGACUCUGGUGGAAGGUAAAGUGGCUGCAAGUGGCAGUUUCGCUUAUGUGUCCCAACAAGCAUGGAUCCUUAAUGACUCACUGAAGGAGAACAUUCUGUUUGGACACGAAUAUGACUCAGUCAAAUACAAUGCUUUGCUGGAAGCGUGCUGUCUUCUCCCGGAUCUUGCAGAGCUUCCAUAUGGAGACAUGACAGAGAUAGGAGAGAGAGGUGCCAACCUGAGUGGAGGACAGCGUCAGAGAGUGAGUCUGGCUCGUGCACUCUACAGCGAGCGGCCCAUUCUUCUCCUGGACGACCCGCUCAGUGCUGUUGAUGCUUGUGUGGGUUCACACAUCUUCAACAGAGCCAUUCGGGGCACCGCUAAAGGGAGGACCGUGAUCUUUGUAACGCAUCAGCUGCAGUAUCUGCCUGAGUGUGAUGAUGUUGUUCUGAUGAAGGAUGGGCAGAUUGCUGAGCAUGGCACCCAUGCACAUCUAAUGGGUAAAGAGCGUGACUAUGCCACCCUAUUCAACAGCGUGCAACAGGAGAAUCUGGUGAGAAAGAAUUUGAAAAACAAACAACAAACCGAAGCAGUGAAAAAGGUUAAUGGUGCUGUUGAUGUUGCCAAGAUCAAACCAAAGGUGGAAUGCAAGAACAGAGAACAACUGAUGAAAGCUGAGGAAAAAGGCUCGGGUGCAGUCGCCUGGCCUGUGUACGGAGCAUACAUCAAAGCAGCAGGGGGUCCAGUAGUCUUCAUCAUCAAUGCCCUCUUCUUCCUCUUUACCACGGGCAGUAUAGCCUUCAGUAACUGGUGGCUGAGCCACUGGAUCAGGCAGGGCAGUGGGAACACAUCAUUAAUCUCAGGGAACGAAACGAUGGUGAGCACCAGCAUGAGGCUCAACCCUCACAUCCAGUAUUACUCAACUGUUUACGUCGUCUCCAUGGGCGCCGCCUUACUUCUGAAGACCGUGAGAGGGCUUGUGUUUGUGAAGUGCACCACGAAGGCCGCCUCUGUGCUCCACCGCAAACUGUUUCGCCGGCUCCUCUUCAGCCCCAUGCGCUUUUUUGAUACGACACCUCUAGGUCGUAUCCUGACCCGCUUCUCCAGGGACAUGGACGAGGUGGAUGUGCGACUGACCAUGCACGCUGAGAUGCUGCUGCAGAACCUAACUCUGGUGCUUUUUUGCUUGGGGAUGGUGGGCAUCGUCUUCCCCUGGUUCUUGGUCUCCGUUCUACCCUUGGGUGCCUUCCUCUGCAUUGUCAAUCGAGUCUCCAGAGUUUUCAUUCGUGAGCUGAAGCGCCUGGAGAACAUCAGCCAAUCACCCUUCACCUCUCAUAUAACCAGCAGUCUGCAGGGACUUUCCACCAUCCACGCUUAUGAAAGAGGGCACAGCUUCCUCCAAAGAUACCAGGAGCUGCUGGACACCAACCAGGCCACCACCUACCUCUUCAGUUGUGCUAUGCGCUGGCUGGCUGUCCGCCUGGACCUCAUCAGCAUCUCUCUUAUCACUGCUGUGGCACUUCUCAUUGUCUUCAUGCACAGUCAGAUACCUCCAGCCUAUGCAGGCCUGGCCAUUUCGUAUGCAGUGCAGUUGACGGGAUUGUUUCAGUUCACGGUGCGGCUGCUCACUGAAACCGAGGCUCGUUUCACGUCGGUUGAAAGAAUAAACCAUUAUAUAUCGAGUCUUGACAGUGAAGCACCUCGACAAAGUCCUGAGGCGACUACUCCUGCCCCCUCCUGGCCUCAGCAGGGAAAGAUCACCUUCCAGGAUGUGAGCAUGUGUUAUCGAGACAAUCUUCCACUUGUGCUCAAGAGCCUGUCUUUCACUAUCCUCCCCGAAGAGACUAUCGGCAUCGUGGGCCGCACCGGAUCAGGAAAGUCCUCUCUGGCUGCAGCUCUCUUCAGGCUGGUGGAGCCAAGCGCUGGCUCCAUAAUCAUUGACGGGAUCAAUACUGCGCAGAUCGGCCUGGAUGACCUGCGGAGCAAGCUAACCAUCAUUCCUCAGGAGCCCGUACUCUUCAUCGGCACCAUCAGGAGCAAUUUAGACCCGUGGGAUCAAUACUCUGAUCUGGAGAUCUGGGAAGCUCUUGAAAAAACCCAAAUUAAAGAGAUGGUCAGUCAACUGCCUCAUUCACUCCACUCGGAGGUGACGGAGAACGGAGAGAACUUCUCGGUGGGAGAACGGCAGCUGCUCUGCGUGGCCAGAGCCCUUCUAAGGAACAGCAAGAUUCUCAUACUGGACGAGGCAACAGCAGCCAUCGAUACAGAGACAGAUCGUCUCAUCCAGGAGACCAUUCGCAGUGCGUUUGGCAGCUGCACCACUCUGAUCAUCGCACAUCGUCUCAACACUGUGAUGAACUGCAGCAGGGUCAUGGUCCUCGACAACGGCCAGAUUUUGGAGUUCGACUCUCCUGCAGCUUUGCUGGCAGAUGAAAACUCAAGAUUCAGAGCCAUGAUCCAAGCAUCGGAGAGCCAAAGCUGAAAUGAUAAAUAAAACACUGGAGUUGAGAGCUGCCCAAAAAAAAAAAAGCAGUAAAAACACAUUCAAAACUACACAGUUUCACCAGUCCUGUCAUGAUGUGCUGGAAAAAGAAAGAAUCCAGCGAUGGGAGAUCUGUGUAACAGUGUCUGUUUUCUUUCUUACCACGUCAAAGAUCCAGAGACUAAAUUCAUGUCCUAAAACACGUCCAGUCUCACUAUGCAAAAUGAGAUUCGACGAAACUGUGGUGUCCACUGCCGUUUCACACAAGUUAUUUCCUAACGGCCAACUGCAAAUCAAACUGAGUUCAGACUCAAACAGCACUUUAUGUUUUGUGCGGUGCUUCCUUUUUCCUUGGAAGGUCAGUAAUCAGUGAAACUUUAGAUUAGUUUUGGUCUUUUUUUGUCACUAAGACCUCAAAGUGCAGGAACUUACUUAAGAUAGUAUUUUGUUUGCUGUGUCAUAAUAUUCAGUUGAAGUAUGUGAGGAUUUUUGUUAAUUAUUCAUUACAGAGUCUCUAAGAUAAACACUUGUUUUACAUUCCUAUGAGGCACUGUCUAAAAGAUUUUGAAAAUAUUUUCGGUUUUUUUGCUGCAGUCUAAAAGAAUAAUAUUUGUGCGUAUUAUUUCAAGUGAGAUAUGUGCCUAGAGAGCUAUUUUUUUAAAUAAUGGAGUCAGCCAUGUUAGACUGUGUGCAAGCAAAGUACUGUGCUUCAAAACUGAGCUAAAUGUCCCAAAUGCUGGAGUUUAAAAUGUGCACAUUUUACACUUUUUUUUGCUAAUAUUCUACAAGCAAAGUUGUUUCGAUGUUGAAUACAAUCUAUUCAUGUGUUGCAUUUGAAAAGUACUGUAUGCAAUUUGCAACCAGGGCAGGAUGAUGAUCAACAUCUGGAUGUCUUUAAAUGUUUCUCCAAAUCUGAAGAUCAUAGACUUUUUGCCUUAUAGUCAAGUAUUUGCUGAACAAUCGUUAAAAAGUGCAAUAUGUUAUUAUUGCUUUGAUACUUUUAUAACAUUGCCUUUUUACACUUGGGAUUGUAAUGUUGCAAUACUUUUGUUGAGUGUUCAAUAAUAAUAUAAGUUUUUGAAUAAAAUAUUUUUAUAUAAAUGAAAA